UUUCUAUUUUUCAAACUUUAAAAAGUUACUUUCAACAAACAAGCCCUAACCCUCUGUAUUUUUCUUUCCGUCUUCGUUUCUUUGCAAAGAACAGUCCAGAUAGAGUGUAGAUGAAAGGGAUACUAAAGAAGUUUCACUGACGCUGAUAUCCGCAGCCAUGGUUUCCGUCUUGACAUGGCUCCGCUACUUAUCCCACAGAUUCCACUACUCCGUCUUCUACACUGCUAAGAAUUUUGAACAACAGUUCACUUGCAGAAGAGAGGCGAUUGAUGCAGUAUUGAGAAAUAUGUUUCUACGGAGGUUGACAUACUUGCACUGGAAUAAAGGUGAAGAGAUGGUCCCGACAAUAGCAGGGCUGGGAGGAACUCUUCUUGUUCGGAAAAUACCACAGGCGGAUCUAGAACAAGUUUUUGUUGGGGAUGUUGUGGUUUUGGAAGACCCUGAAAUCUCAGGUAACUAUCUUGUUCGGAGAGUGGCUGCCACAAAAGGGUAUGAAAUGGUGUCUAAUGAUGAAAAAGAUGAGCCUUUUGUCCUUGGAAAGGACCAGUGCUGGGUGUUGGCUGACAAUGGGAAUUUAACGCCCAAGGAUGCCAAUGACAGUCGGACAUUUGGCCCCAUUUCGAUGAAAGGUAUAGUUGGCAGGGUUUUAUACCGCCUGACAACAGCCGUGGACCAUGGUCCUGUAAAGAAUAGUAAUUUCAGCGUGCCACUCGAUUCACCUGUACUGGAAGUUGAACUGGAUGUUGAUGAGAUGGCAAAAAAUCACAAAGCAUGAGAUGACACCUACAAAGAAAGAACCUGGAUUCAAUUGCUUUGUUUCUUCUUUUCUCAUCUGUUGUCUUCAUGAGACAUCUUCUUCUUUUUAAUUUUUUUAUUUUUUUUGGGUCUAGAGUACAAUGGAAAACGAGUCAGAUUUUUCUCAACGUUACAUUUAUUAUGGGAUUGUCUGGCGAAAAUGUAGAACGGCUAGCAUUUCGAGUUUAGCUGUAUUUACUAUUUAUAAUUACUUUUUGAACUAGCAAUUGAAAGAUAUUGGAACCCAGGUUGAUACAAGGCCCUCGGUCUGCCUUCAUUGAUAAGGUUGAUCUUUUGUUAGGGACACUGACUUUGAAUUCUGGACAUUUCUUCUUAAUGAUGUGCAGAUUUAUUUAUUUUUAAUUUUA